CUGUUUAAAACAUUGCUGUCAAGGUCGCACACGCUGCGAAACCGGAAAGCUCGUCUUCCCAACCUCAAAUUUGUUUGUGUAUGAUCUCCAGUCUUCCUUUUGCUAGCUCAUUGCCCUCGUGCAAGUCCGAUCGAAAGGUUGUCUUUCAGCAGUGUCCCUCUCACCCCCACCCCUUUUCUUCGUUUAACAGAGCUUCGUUCACGCCAGCUCACAUUUUGGCAUGAACAAUGAUAAUUUUAACCGAUACAUUCCAUCGCUUCAUCAUGGAAGUGAUUUAUUUUUCCCUCCAUUGAUGGGUUUGGAGCAAGAAGAGUUUCCUUUUACUUCUUACUACUCGUCAAUUCACAACAAUUCUAUGAGCAAUAAUAAUCAAAACUUGUACCGGCCUUAUGACAUUGAAAGUUCUCAGAGCAGUAAGAUCUGUGAAGUCACAAAUGGCGUCGGUGUGGUCCACAGCAGUGCGGGGUCCUUGGGCAAUCGCAACGUGCUCGGGAACAGCAGCAAUGCCUUCGCGGAUUUUAACGAGACAACCUCUGCCUGGCCCCACUUUCCCGACCUCAGUUAUUCUCACCAUUCACAUUUUGACAAUGCCAACUACUGGCCUCAGCUCUUUCAGCACAAUAGUAAUAUUUCAGAGCCAAUAAAUGUCCACAAUCUGCGACAUCCCUCACCACCUUCCAACGACCCUUUACUAUUCUGUCUAUCUGAAGAUGAUAGCAGCGGAUCUAUGUACGAAAUAGAUGUUGAACGUUCACAAUCAACCUCUCCUGAAGUCAUCCAAGCUACUCCUAUACCUCCUACAUUUACCAGCGAUUUGUUUUUAUCUCAACAAAAUUACCAACAACCCGCGUCUGUCUCCAACGAUAGUCAUCAAAAGCGUCAACUCCCGAUUCGGCCGAUACCUCUACAAGCUAGCGUAGUACACCCAACUCAGAAUUAUCCCUUCAUUUGUCCUGAAUGCGGCCAUUAUUGUUGUUCCUCCGGUGGACUUAAACGACAUUUGAAAUUCUGCCAUGUUGUUCGGGCAAAACUUAAAAACAAGAAUAACGCUAAUCAUGCAGAAAGAACAGAAGAGUCUGAAUCUACAUUUCGUUAUCCGUACCACGUGGAUUCAAGGCCAGACAAUAACAUCGUAAGAGCUACACCACAGACAGCGACCGAUGGAAUUCAAUGUGAACCAAUGAACUUAGGCAUGAAUAAUUUAUUCACUGGAGGUCCUUCGUUAUCUGAAGAAAACAACAACAUUAUUCAAAGCCAAAGUAUCUCAGCAUAUCCCACUGUUUCGGAAACUGCCAUGCCGACUUUGGUGCCGAUAGUCCUGCCAAUACCAGAUGUUCAAGAUCCUCUAGAAUUGCCUAUUAUGAGUGAUUUCGUUGCUAGCGGACGAGAUCGAAAAUGUUCCGAGUGCCCGGUUAUUCUGCAUAGCGAAAAAGCACUAGUCGAGCAUCUCCUUUCUCACAAUAUUCGUCAACCUUAUGAGUGCGAAACUUGCGGGAGCCGAUUUAGUCGCAAAUUUCACAAGACUCGCCACAUGAAGCAGCGAGGCUGUGAUGGAACUCCCCGAAAUCAGUUUAACUGCGAGUUUUGCGGACAGCAUUUUUCACGGAAGGACAACAUGCUUGAACACGUUAAAAGUCACAUGGGCCAAAAGAAAAAGAGGGUCAAGUUGUCCUGUCCUAUCCCAAAAUGCGAGAAAACGUUUAGUGGUAAACCCCAGUUGCAGGCUCAUCUCAGCGUCCAUUCUGGCUUGCGUCCUUACAAUUGUAGUUUCGACGACUGUAAGAAAAACUUUCCUUCCCCUGCUGCUUUGAAGAGACAUCUGCACAACCACAAUCAAGAGAAUCCGUUCCAAUGCCCUCAGUGUGACGCCCGCUUCGUAGCCAUACAUUCUCUUAACCGUCAUAUCAAAAUUCACGAUGACAAAGGAUCCAUUAAGACGUAUGAAAGCCAACAAAAGCCAUUGGAUGAUCACAUCAAAGCACAUCUAUCCGAGGAAUCGUUUGAAUGCGAAAUCUGCUUUCGAACUUACAAGCGAAUCUGGCGACUUAAAAAUCACUAUAGGCAAAAGCAUCAUGGAUACCUCUAUGACAAGCCGAAUUCGAUAGUUGCGGAAUCAACCUUACCCAAUGUGGAAGAAAAUUCGCUCACUUAUCCUCACGCGUGUGACAAAUGUCCAAGGAAAUUCGACAAGAAGCAGGCAUUGCAAGCCCAUUAUGUGACCCACAUUCAAGAAACUUCACUGAUGUGCACCAAAUGUUCUCGUGUCUACAUUAGACGAGAUUGUUUGUCACGUCACCUAAGAUUUAAGCACCAGCUAUCGUCCGAGGAGGCUUUAGAGACUAUAAAAAAUAUGAACCCGAGAAUAUUUCAAGAUGAGCCAGUCGCCAGUCUUACUGAUGUUAGCCUCGUGGACAUGAGCGCUCGCAGUUCUAGCAAUGAAAUUGCUAAUGAACCACAAAAUGAAAGUUCUGCAUUGGUUGGAGAAAUUGAUGCUGAAGGUAAUUCCAGCAUUUUAGAAGGUCACAUCAUUGAGCUGCUAAGUCUACUAGUUGAUUCUGGCGUGUUGCGCAGCUUUGGUUGGCCGGAUUACAGCGCCGAUACAAUACUUCAAUCUGUGCUAGUGAAGUGUGGCAAGGAACCCUUGACGCAGCCUGACAUUAGCCUUGUUCAGCGUUUACGAGAUAAUACCAAAAGACUCUUUUCUUUCUUGGUGGACGAUCAAAUUGCCAUGGAAAAUCUAUUCAGCCGUCGCCCUAUUGAGCAGUCGUACAAAGAUGAAUUGUUCAGUUUCGUUCUAUCAAUAUCUAUCCUAUCACCUUCGCAAUUAAAUACAAUUAAUUAACAGGUAAAA